CUAUCGGCAAGUGACCGAUAAUUUACAUUAACAUUUUAUUCCGAUUGGACCCAGCCUUUUUAUUAACAAAACAAACUGAAAACAGCACUAAAAAUGAAGAAAAAGGUACUGCUUAUGGGCAAAAGCGGCUCCGGCAAGACGAGUAUGCGGUCUAUCAUAUUUGCGAACUAUAUAGCCCGUGAUACGACACGUCUGGGCGCAACAAUCGAUGUGGAGCACUCGCACGUGCGUUUUCUAGGCAACCUGGUGCUUAAUCUGUGGGACUGCGGCGGUCAAGAGAGUUUCAUGCAGCAAUAUUGUACGCAGCAGCCCGACAAUAUAUUUCGAAAUGUGGAGGUGCUUAUCUAUGUGUUCGACGUGGAAAGCCAGGAAAUGGAACGGGAUGUGCACUAUUAUCAGAGUUGCCUGGAGGCUUUGCUGCAAAACUCACCAGAAGCGAAGAUUUUUUGUUUGGUACACAAAAUGGAUCUACUCGCCGAGGACCAACGCGAUCGCGUUUUCAAGGAGCGCGAAGGGGAUCUCAUACGCUUGUCCAUGCCCGGCAAUGUUACAUGUUUUCGCACCAGCAUUUGGGAUGAGACAUUGUACAAAGCUUGGUCGUCUAUUGUUACCAUGCUAAUUCCAAAUGUGGCGGCACUCGAGAACUCAUUGACACACUUUGCUAAUGUGAUUGAGGCGGACGAGGUGCUGUUGUUCGAAAAAGCCACGUUUCUGGUCAUCUCGCACUGCCAGAGCAAAAAGAACCGUGAUUCGCAUCGCUUUGAAAAGGUCUCGAACAUCAUAAAACAGUUUAAACUGAGCUGCUCCAAACUGGGCGCAAAGUUCCAAUCCAUGGAGGUGCGCAACAAUGCGUUUGCCGCUUUCAUCGACACCUUCACAAGCAAUACGUACGUGAUGGUGGUCAUGUCAGAUCCCACUCUGCCGUCAGAGUCGACACUGGUGAACAUACGGAAUGCCCGCAAGUACUUUGAAGAGCUGGAGAAUCCAAAUAACAUUGCCAUGAACCAUCACAAUCACAAGUACCACUGAUGGGCUGUGACUGUCGUUAAGUUUAAUGUUUUUCCGUUUAUGUUAAUGUUUGUUUUUCGUUACGCAAAACAAACAGUUUAUUGUUGCACAUCGAAGCGGCAAUCGAGCCGACAUUUCUUAUUGCUUCCCAUAA